GAAGGCUUUAGCUUUAGAUUGAGCUUCAGCAUUAAUUUAUUCUGUUACUUGCUCUCUCUUCAAUGCCGCUGAAAAACAAAACGACAUCUAAAUAACACCACAAACAACGACAGAUUUCACGGUUCCACGAUGUAUGGAAAGAUAAUUGUGUCAAUAACUUUCAUCUUUCUAAUGCUAUUCUGUUACUCUAUCUUCAUCGGAACCCUAGAUAUGAGAUCAUACUUCUUCCCUCUUCUACAACAACAACAAUCACCGACUACAGGGGCACGCUCCCUCUGUGCAACUGGUCCACCGCUUAAAGUCUAUAUGUAUGAUCUUCCUCGGAGAUUCCACGUCGGCAUGAUGGAUCACGGCGGUGAUGCCAAGAACGAUACUCCGGUGACCGGAGAGAAUUUGCCCACUUGGCCCAAAAAUUCGGGACUGAGGAAACAACAUAGUGUGGAGUACUGGUUAAUGGCGUCGCUUUUGUAUGAAGGAGCUGAUGAACGAGAAGCUGUUAGGGUGUUGGAUCCGGAGAAAGCGGAUGCUUUUUUUGUACCCUUUUUUUCUUCUUUGAGUUUUAAUACUCAUGGACAUACUAUGACUGAUCCUGAGACUGAGAUAGAUCGUCAACUGCAGGUUGAUGUUAUAGAUAUGCUGUAUAAAUCCAAGUACUGGCAGAAAUCUGGAGGUAGAGACCAUGUGAUUCCCAUGACACAUCCAAAUGCUUUUAGAUUUCUGCGACAACAGUUGAAUGCAUCUAUACUUAUAGUUGCAGACUUUGGCCGCUACCCCAAAUCAAUGUCUACUUUGAGCAAAGACGUGGUGGCCCCAUAUGUACAUGUUGUUGAUUCUUUUACAGAUGAUGAAGUUUCCAAUCCAUUUGAAUCUCGCACCACACUUCUUUUCUUCCGUGGGAAUACAAUCAGGAAAGAUGAAGGCAAAGUUCGUGCUAAAUUAGCAAAGAUAUUAACUGGUUAUGAUGAUAUUCAUUUUGAGCGAAGCUCAGCCACAGCAGAAACGAUAAAAGCGUCAACUGAAGGGAUGCGUUCAUCAAAGUUCUGCCUGCAUCCUGCUGGAGACACUCCAUCUUCUUGCCGGCUUUUUGACGCUAUUGUAAGCCAUUGUGUUCCUGUCAUUGUGAGUGAUCAAAUUGAGCUCCCUUAUGAGGAUGAAAUCGAUUACAGCCAAUUCUCAGUUUUCUUCUCUGUAAAUGAGGCAAUUCAACCAGGUUACAUGGUUGAUCAACUCCGGCAACUUCCAAAAGAAAGAUGGUUAGAGAUGUGGAGGAAACUUAAGAGCAUCUCUCAUCAUUUUGAGUUUCAAUAUCCACCAGAAAAGGAAGAUGCAGUUGACAUGCUAUGGAGAGAAGUAAAGCACAAGCUUCCUGGGGCUCAACUGGCUGUACAUAGAAGCCGGAGGUUGAAAAUUCAGGAUUGGUGGCAGAGGAGAUGACCCUGGACCUUGCUUAAAUGACACUGUACAUUCAUGAUUUUUUCAUAACCUGUGAACAAAUUUUUUUUUUGGAGGGAAUAAUCAGAGGCAAUUACAAUCGCCUUCCGACCAUCUGGCUUCAUAGUUUGUAUAACAUAUAAUCCUUACACAAAUACAUCCAACAUAGAUUUUAGUUUUUUCUUUUUUGGGACAGCGAAGAACUGCAGUCUUGUCUGAGGAAGGGCAUGGAAGUUGGUAUUUUCCAGUAACACCGCAGAAGUGAGAAAUUAAGCUUGUAUUGAUACGCGGCUGUAUAAGUUUAAAGUUUAGCAACAGGUUAUUACAGUUUAAAGUUUAGCAAUUAUUGGAUGUAAUUGUUUCUCUUUAUUUAUUAUUUUUUUUUUUUUUGGAGCUUUUUUAUAA